AUGUCGGACAAUUUGAGAACAGAUCUUCAGGAGCUCUACAAGGAAAUUAGCAAUCGAUUCUUGCUUUUCGACUCCUUCUUCGAGCUCAAGCCCUCCGACAGUACCGACAUGGGAAACCAUAAGUGGAAAUACGAAUGGAAAGAGUGUGAACGCUUGUCAGAAAGAUUUCAGGACUGGGCUACGACAUACAGUCCUUGGAUGGCCGGCGAACGGCUUUACGAUGCUACUGAGAACUUGUGUAUUGGCAUCAAGCAUCCCACUUGGUCAAGUAACUCGCAGUGGACAGUCGCUGAUCUCCCGAGCAUCUCAUGGAAGGAUAAAUUUCCGGACGAGUCAGGCGAAAACGAUUCGGACUCGUCAAGUGAUGACGGCAAGCAGCGUUGGCCCACCAGAGCCAUACCUCCAGAGGAGCGAACCGAAGGUGAUAUCAAAAAGCAGUAUGUGCGGCUGCUCUUGAAGAUUGCUCAUCAGGUUUACGAAUGCGAAAGAUCCCAGUUCAAGCUGGAGGACAUGCCAGGCCUGGAAGCAGCCCAUAUAAAUGAUCAAGAAGAAAAGGAUCCAGAGAGGGAGGUGUACAAGCCGUUGUGCGAAGAGGAGGACGAUAGCACGAUAAUUAACAGCCUAUUUGACAGCAUCCGACAAACGCAUGUAGCGGCUGCUCCCAUGCCUGAUUGGAGUAAGCGCCUCACGGAGCUUGUGCCAGAUGAGAAGCCUAUGUCCACAGACGAGCCCAGCCAAGACCCGCAAGGCUGA